CAAAAUUUAUCAGUAUUCUAAGGAGUUCCGAAUGUUCGUAUACUCCAUACUAUUGUAGUUUUAUUGUAAGAGUUGGAGAAAGUUCCGUAUGCGUGCGCCUGGGCGCGCCAGCUUCGUCGAUCGUUGCUAACAAACACAUGACUGAGCUCUAUGUACUAUCUCAUGUCUGCGGCAGACAUUCUAUUGCCUGUCCUGGCCUAUCACGUGCAGCUUGAUUUUCACUUGCUCAGUCACCAGUUUGCAGUCGAGAGAUUGAUUUUGGUCUUGGUUCAAGAGGGAGUUAGCAGGUUGGCGGUUGGGCUGGAGGGAAUUACUGCAACUAAGCCUACUAUGGACCGAACUGGUACGACAGCUGCCGCAAGCCUUAACCUCGCAAGUGCCCUUGGACCUGGGAAGAAGAUAUAUGAUAGAGGAAGGACGCCGGUCGUCAAGGGAGAAAUCGAGGCUGAGAUCAAUCAAGACUCGACUGACAACCAUGUUGAUGCUCCUACUCCGCCCAGAUCUCUUAGGGCACAACAGUCGCGACCUUCAUCUCCCACACCCUCUCGUCCAAAUACCGACAUCUUCAAGCAAUUCGCAAUUUUCAGUGCAGCAAAGCAAACCUCUCAUCGUGCCUCAUCUUCUGCAACUCGCUCAUCGGAUUUUCCACCCCGCAGAUCGCGAACAAGGUGUGCGAGAAUUACGGGCCGAUACGACAAUUGGUAGCGAAUGUGCAUGCGUAGGCUUUGAUGUUGACGCCGGUGAGGUUGUAGCGAUGAAGAGCCCAGGGCGAGACAAGCGAGUUUCGAUAGCGAAUACGACGUUCGCGACCGACGGAGUAGCG